UGCGUGCGUGUGUUUGUGCGCGUCCGUGCGGCGGAGCCGGAGGCUCGGAGGCCCGGAGUCGGCGCGGGCUGCGGGCGCUGAGCAUUAUGGACCCAAGCCUGUUGAGAGAUCGAGAGCUGUUCAAAAAACGAGCUCUUUCCACCCCUGUGGUAGAAAAACGUCCUGUGCCUUCUGAGCCAUCCUCCUCCUCCAAGAAGAAGAAAGCAAAAGUCGAACAUGGAGGAUCAUCAGGCUCUAAACAAAAUGCAGAUCAUACCAAUGGAUCAUUUAACUUGAAAGCUCUGUCCGGCAGCGCUGGCUAUAAGUUUGGUGUUCUUGCUAAGAUUGUGAAUUACAUGAAAACACGACAUCAGCGAGGAGAUACACAUCCUUUAACUUUAGAAGAGAUUUUGGAUGAAACACAGCACUUAGAUAUUGGACUCAAGCAGAAACAAUGGCUAAUGACUGAGGCGUUAGUCAACAAUCCCAAAAUUGAAGUAGUAGAUGGGAAAUACGCCUUCAAGCCUAAGUACAACUUGAAAGAUAAGAAGGCCCUGCUCAGGCUUUUAGAUAACCAUGACCAGCGAGGACUAGGAGGCAUUCUGCUGGAAGACAUAGAAGAGGGCUUGCCUAAUUCCCAGAAAGCUGUCAAGGCUUUAGGGGACCAGAUCCUAUUUGUAAACCGCCCUGAUAAGAAGAAAAUACUGUUCUUCAAUGAUAAAAGCUGUCAGUUUUCUGUGGAUGAAGAAUUCCAGAAACUGUGGAGGAGCGUCACAGUGGAUUCCAUGGAUGAGGAGAAAAUUGAAGAGUAUCUGAAGCGACAGGGUAUUUCUUCCAUGCAGGAAUCUGGACCAAAGAAAGUGGCCUCUAUUCAGAGAAGAAAAAAGCCUGCUUCACAGAAAAAGCGGCGGUUUAAGACUCACAAUGAACAUUUGGCUGGAGUGCUGAAGGAUUACUCGGACAUUACCCCUGGCAAAUAGGGAAUAUUCUUAUCCUCAAACAGCGUUGCAGACACAGUCAAGAUCUUCCCUGAUGCUUGGGAUCUGAAGACUUUCUGCCUUCCUGCCUGCUCCUCGGGACUGACAAGAGGAGCAGUUCAGUUUACAGAACAGGAGCGGAUUACCAAACUCAUUGUUUUCAUCCAGCAGGGUAGUGGGGAUGGGUGUUCCUGUUUAACUUUCUGGGUUUCUUUGUUUUAUUAGAAAGACACUUAGCUUGACACUCUGGUGUCUUUGCUAUUUAUACUGAUUUCUAAAUGGUUCUUGAUUUCAUGUUUUCUCUAUUGUUUUAGAACAAGCUGGCGGAUAGUGCUGGAUGCAGUAUUUGUUUAUUCCAAGAGAAAAUACUUAUAAUAAAAUCAUUUGUAGGAGGACCUUUAAGAAGUUAGGAAAUUGACUUUGUCUCUUUUAAGUCUUGAAAAUGGCAGGGAGCUGCUGCAGCCCCUGACUUACCAGGGUGUGUGUUUGGAAUGUGACCAAGGUUGGAGUCAAUGCUGUUGGCACUUGCGUGAACUUCAUCUUUGGAACACAGGGUAUGUCUCUGGUUAAUAAGCUAAGCAAUAAAAUUACACUAAAUGUGAUUGUUAAUG